CUCCUUUAUAAACACCCGGCACUAGUCGCCAGUCGGUCGUCUGCAUCGGACCGUGGAGGUACUGACCAACGGCGAGAACUAAAGGCGUAACUGAGAGUGCGUAGUGGCUGAAGCUCAAUCGAAAUCUGAGCGAACAGUGGCUGGACUGGGCUGAAACAGAAGCGAAAAGUGGUUAUAUUCGGUUAGAACCAGACCGAUUACCGCUGAAGCUAGCUCGAAAUCUAAGCGGGCUGCGACUGAUACUCGGUUGAAUUCAGAGCGAGCAGCGGCUGUGACUCGGCCGUUUCAGAGCAGAUUGUGACCGACUCUCAGCGCGUGCAGCCAUGCCGUCCGGUGGACAGGAGGAGCCGCGGCUCGUCAACCAGCUGAUCCAGCACAGGGACGUCCAGGAAACAGUCACGGCCUACAACCGGACCGCCACCAACUAUGACGAGGAGUUUCCGGUCGAGGUGCUCGGGGGACCCCGGUUCGCCACCGAGGCGGUGCUGGAUCUGUUCCCCGAGGACGGCGCCGUACCCCGGGGUCAGCUGAAGGUGCUGGAUGUCGCCGCGGGUACUGGUCUGGUCGGACAGAGGCUCUACGACGCCGGCAUAAGAAACCUGGACGCCCUUGAGCCAUCAUCCGAAAUGAUCAAGAUCGCUCAGAGUCGUGGCAUCUAUCAGCGCAUCAUCGAAGAUGUGAUCGGCCACCACCGCAUUGACGUGGAGGACAACACCUACGAUUUGGUGGUGGUGGCAGGAGCGUUCGUUCCCGGCCACUGCCCCCUGACCGCUCUGGAUGAAAUGAUUCGGGUCUGCAAACCAGGUGGAUACAUCAUCAAUUCGAUGCGGCUGGAGUUUCUGUUCAUCUCGAAGGACUACACGGGGCUGUUGGACUACCAGAAGGCUCUGGAGGAACGGGGACUGUGGCGGCGCGUGUCCCACAUCAUUGUCGACAGGUACUUCGAGACCGUCAAACAGGGCAUCACGUUCGUCUACCAAAAGAUCUGAAGAUGCUCCCACAUCGUUGAAGCUGCCAGUGGUUAAUUAUCUUGAACUCAUGACGCUGGUCGCUGAUCAGACCACUAUCGUGAAUAAACGGGAGUAAAAUUG